AUGGACGGGCCGCCCUCGCUCUGGGCGACGUUCGCGGCCGCGUGGAGCGCGAUGCUGGGGGCCUGCUGGUCGUGGGGCUGGGCGACGCCCGUGGCUCCGGCCUGGCACCCGCCGCCGCCGUUGUCUUGCGGCUCGGAGGAGGGCUGCCCCUGCUCUUGCGACCAGGAGCUCCGGCGCAUCAUCGACCUCCAGGGCGAGGUCGUGACUCUCCAGGCGGAGGUCUGGGCGCUCCGGUGCCUGCUCCUCGCCGGGCUGCUGGUGCUCGGCCUCGCGACCUCGGGCGCCGGAGCGCUGGGGUUCCUGGCCGGCUGGUGCCGGCGCUGCUGCUGCGGCGGGCGCGGACGGGGGCCUGAGGGGAGCCCUCCGCGCAAGGCGCAAUCGGCGGCCUCGCCAGUGCCUCAGCCGCCGCCGACGAUCCUUGUGCGGUACGAGAGUGAUCCGAAUGGAGUCCACUGGCGCCACAGGGUGCUCCUGUUCCGCGUGGACGGCGACAUCUGGAUCGCGCUGAUUCCGGACCUCGCGCUCGUGAGGGUCAAGUUGCUGAACGUCCAGCACGAGGUGCUGGAGAGGCGGGCGCCGUUCCCGCCGCACUUGGCGAAUCAGGUCUACGCCCGCGACCCCAUCGCGGGCGCGGCGCUGGCCGGCUACCGGCGCAGGGAGAAGAUGCAGGGCCAGCUGCUGGGGGGCGGCCAGGUCGACGCCGUGGAGCCGAUGAUCUGGGUGAUCGCAGAGGCGCGUUCGGCGAGGUUCGGCGAGGUCGUGGACGCUGCUCUGAUGGACGACGACGCUCACGGCACGAGCUUCGACGCGAAGGGCGCGGUGGUGCUGGUCGGCGAGGAGUUCUUUGUGCAGAAGAUAGCGGCAAGCGGCCUGGCGGACUUCAAGAAGGAGACGAAGACCGACCUAGGCGACGUCCGCACGCUCGGCGACCGCGCGGACGACGCGGGGCAGCGGGUCCUCCACCUGACGGAGGCGGUCGCCCUCAUGCGCGACACCGAGCAGAAGGGCUUCCCCCUGUCCGUUUUCAGGAGCGUGAAGGAGUUCCUUGACAGCGUCGGCGCCGGGCCAGGCAACAUGAUCUCGUACCAGGCGGAGUGGGGGCGUCUCAGCGGCGUAGGCGAGGGGUCGGGUGUCAGCCACGUGCGUCGGAAUUUGUGUGAGGUGAUUCGUCUCAUGCAUUCCUGGGGCCAGGUCGACCAUUCGAUGAUGGCGUCGGCCGAGCUGAUCGUGCGCUGGCUGAUCCAGACGGAGAUAGCGGUGGAAAGGAACCCUCGGCACCCCGACUACAGUGGCCUCGACAUAGUAAUAUCCGCGCCCGUCAACGCCGUGGGCCGCGCCUCGACCUCGAAGUUCAACUCCUGGGCCACCGACCGCCUCAAGGAGAGGGCCGCCAUCUGGAAGCAAGAGCGGCUCCUAUCCGACGAGGGAUGGCGCCUCUCGGGGCUGCGGGGGCGCCGGCGCCGGCAGCCCGGGCGUCGACGAAGCCCCCCCGCAGCCGGCAACUACGUGGGCUCGCCUCCUCCGCGUCCGGAGGGGUCAGGGCGCGAGAUCGACGGCGACCAGCUUGCCGCCGCCAACCUGAAUUCGCGACGUGCCCUGGGGCGCGACUUUCCACCUGAGGAGCACCUCCGGCCCGCCGCCGUGCAGCGCUGGAUGCUCCAGAAUGUCGCCUGGCGGGUCGAGGCGUAUGGGGGCUGCCCUGCUGACCUUGCCGAGGAAUCGUCCCUGUCGGAGAUCCUCGACUCUAGAGACCACUGCGGCAUGGAGCCCAAGAACCUGGCCAGCUUCGAGUUUGACGAGGUCAAGAUCCUGAAUCGGAAGGUUCACGUGCGACCCAUUCGCCGCGAACUCCCUCCUGCAGCCCUUGGCUACCUCAGGCACUCAGCCGAUCUGAUCGAGAUGGAUUGGGCGGAGCUUGAGAAGGAUCGAGCCGAGAGCGCGGGGUCCUCGCACUACUGGGGCCCAAGCUUCGGCGUUCGCGAGACCUACGGAGCUCGCCUCUUUUGGUUCGGCUUCGACGACCGCUUCGACGCCCACGAGCUGGAGGAGAUGGGGCGCCGGCCGGCCAUGAUCUGGGACGACGCCGAGGGGGCGGAGACCAUGGUCGAGGACGGCGAGGUACUCCACCCAUGCAUGGCCGCUGUCUGCGUGGGCUGGUCGUGGGCCCUCUUCUUCGCCAAUGAGGCCGUGACUCACCGCUUGGAGCGGUCCCUGGGCGGAGGCGCUGACCAGAUCAUGCGCGAGGUGCAGCCUGCUCCAGCGUUGAAGCCUGGCAAGGGCGUGGCCGGCGUGUGCGCGGGCAACGCGCAGGUCGUCGGUGGCUGCGCGGGCGACGCCAGGAAGCAGAUGCACGAGAUUGAGAAGAUCUCUUGCGAGGACAACAUGCCUUUCGACGUGGGGCCUCGCGACGAGUUUGAGAUGCAGUUACUGGGCCUGGCGCGCCACUGGCGCGACCGACGGCUGCGGCGUGUUCCCCGACGCGUCUGGCGGACCUACCUGGCCGGACACGCCCUGCUGCGCCGUCGCAAGCUGCGCGGGCACACCUUGCAGUGCUGGCUCGGCCACGUGGUGAACUUGAACCAGCUGUGCCCGGAGGCCAUGUCCGCGCUGAACGCCUGCUGCCGCUUCGUCGAGGAGGCUUUAGAGGCUUGGCCGUCCGUGAAGUCCGAGAUUCGUUGUGCGAUGACCCUCCUCUUCCUGGUGGAGGCCGACCUGGGCGCCAACUUCUCCAACGAGGUCUACUGCGGGGACUCCUCCACCCGAGGCUGCGCCCUCCACGUGGCGAGGGCCGAGCCCGGCGAGUUGCGCGAGGGCCACAUGGCCGACGGCCUCGGCCACGUGCGGGGCGACGCGCCCGGCCUCGCGGCGGGGCCGCGCACGGCCUUCGGCCAGGCCCUUCGGGCCGGAGCCGACGACCUGCGCCUCGGGUCGCUUCCAGCGGCCGCACCGCCGCGGCGCCCUCGGGUCAAGGUCGACCUGGACGCGGGGGCCCCUCGCCUGGCCGACGGCUGGACCGGGCGACAGCGCUUCCAGCUCGUCGCGGCGGACCGUUGGCGCUGGCAGGAAGAGCACAUCAAUUUGAAAGAAGCUCGGGUGGCCUCGAUGGGCCCGCGGCGUCACUGCCGCACAGUGGGGCGGCUUGGCUCGAAGCUGCUCACCCUCGGCGACAGCCAGGUGACCGUGGCUGCGGCCUACCGCCUCGGUGGACAGAUCGCGCGGCGGCUUCGCUACAUCGAGACGGAUCGGAACCUGAGCGGCCAGGACUCGCGCCGCUGGGACACCAAGCGAGUGGCGGGGCCGGAGCGCUCGCCGACCGGGCUGGGCGUCGCCCCGCCCCGCGCCCAGGGGCCGGACAGCGCGCCCGCUGGCGCGCCGAGCUUGGCUGUCGAUCAGUCGGGCUCCGAGGGGGGGUGCUACUGGAGCGUCGAGAAUCCCAGAACUUCGAGGCUAUGGAAUUUCGAACCCGUCGCUCGACUUCGCGGGCUACCCGCCGUCAUCGAGGUGAAUGUUGAUAUGGGUAUGUUCGGGGCGCCCUAUCGGAAGCCCACUCGGAUCCUGACGAACGUGGGGGCCCUAAGGGCCCGGGGGGAGCGGCCCCGCGUCUCGCGCAAGCACGCGGUCAUGCUGCGCGGGCGCCUCACACCCCAAGCUGCCGCAUAUCCGUCACCAUUGGGCUCAUGCUGGGCGGACAUCCUGGCGGCCGCGCUCCGCCGUGGAGCGCUCGCCCGCGCCGGCGACUUCGACCCCCAGGAGCUCCGGCAUGGCCUCCUCCGGGCGGCGGGCCGUCAGCCAGCGCCUGGGGGUGCGGCGGUGCGCAGCGAGGACAACGAGCUCGCCCGCGACGUCUGCAAAGCCGCCGACGGCUUCCUCGGGGCGGGCCCCGUCAUCCAGUUUGGUCAGGACAAACGACUUCAGCGCCGGCAGGCCCACGCGCACUGGCAGGCGGCCGCCGCCAGGCGCGACGCGCUGGUCAUGGCGACGGUGACAAACGACACCCUCGAGCGGCGCGCGGCGGCGGCGCACGAGUUCGAGGUCUAUGCGAAGGCCGAGAAGCUCGACCUGCAGCCGCCGAGCCGCCUCGACAACUCCCUGUCCCAGUACUUCGUGGACCUGUUCGACGACGGCUUCGGCGCGCGGGAGGGCCGCAACACCUUCCACGGCUACAGGCCCCCGCGGCUCAAGACGACCAGCAAGGUGGAGCUCCCGAAGGCACUGGCCUCCAUGAAGGGUUGGGCCAAGCGGGCCCCAGGCCACGCGCGCUUGCCGCUGCCCGACAUCAUUGUAGACGACAUCGCGCUGGACCUGGUGGAGCGCGACCUGCCGCUCAUGGGCGCCGCAGUGGUACUCGAGACGGACGCCUACCUCAGGCCCUCCGAGACGGUGGUGCUCCGGCAGGGCCAGAUCCUGCCGCCCGCGCCAGCCGCGAGGCUCGGCGCGCACUUUGGCGUGGUCAUCGCGCCCUCCGAUUGGCGCGAGACGACGCAGACGGGCGGCCAGGGCGACGGCAUGCUGAUCGGGGACGUGGCGCGUCCGUGGCUGGCGAGCGCGAUGAAGCUGUUCGACUUCACCCUGCCCGAGUUCGAGCGCGAGGUCAAGCGCAGCUCGGACCGCCUGGGCUACGCGCCCCUCAAAGUGCGCCCCCACGUCUUCAGGGGCAGCGGGGCCUCGAACGACAAGGCCCACGGUCGCCGGACGUUGAAGGAGAUUCAGAAGCGCGGCCGCUGGGCAUCGUCCGCGUCGGUGGCCCGCUACGAGAAAGGCGCUCUCCUGCUUCAGCAGCUCAGGAAAAUCCCCGUGGCAGCGCGCAGGAGCGCUAAACUGCCCCAGGAGUUGAUCAGCCGCCUUCGAAAGUUGUGACGGGCCUACCAGUACGUGAUACGGGUAUGGGCGCGAGGUGCUUGAAAGGCCCGCACCUCGAGAUGAUCGUUUGUGUAUGCUGCAGGCC